CCUUCCCUGUCUCCCCCUGUUUCUGCUUCACAUUCGCAAAUAAACAGCGAUAUUCAAGCGCGACUAUUGGCAUUCCAGCAGAAGAGAAGCAAGCCCGUAGACCAUUCCGGCUCUCCAUCACUCUCUGGAAGCCACAGCAUGACAAAUUCUCCCAACAAUACAUCUCUCAAUCUUGCCAGUAUCAAUACUUAUCACGAAUCUGACUCUGAUAGACAUCUUCCUAUGACUCCUGAUGUGGGCAGAAAUUUAUCUGGACGAGGAAAACAUAACUUCAGGUUGAAUCUAGAUAGUACCAACAGUGAUCUUCCGGUUAAUAACGGAAGCAACGGCACGGCCAUGUCUCAAAAUAGCAGUUUGAACCGAAACGAUUCGUUGCGUAGUAUAUCCAGUGAUGGUAGUAUAGGCUCUGAUUCCGAGGCUGAUAAGAAACCACAAUUGCAAGGACUAUUCGCUAACUACUCCAAAUACUUGGAUAUCAAGUCUGGACUGUUAAAUUUCGCUGGAAAGGCAUCGUUACAUUCUAAGGGUGUGGAUUUUCUGUCGGGAUCUUCAUUCAGAAUAUCUCUAGAUGAAUUGGAGUACAUCGAUGAGUUGGGCCGUGGAAAUUAUGGCUCAGUUCUGAAAGUUUUACAUAAGCCUACCGGAGUUCUCAUGGCAAUGAAAGAGGUCCGUCUUGAGUUGGACGAAACGAAGUUCACACAGAUCUUGAUGGAGCUUGACAUUUUACACAAAUGCGAUUCUCCGUACAUUGUCGACUUUUACGGCGCCUUCUUUGUAGAAGGAGCUGUCUAUAUGUGUAUUGAGUACAUGGAUGGAGGCUCCUUAGAUAAGAUCUAUGGCAAGGAGCAUGGGGUCAAGGAUGAAGCUUCGUUGGCCUAUAUUACUGAAAGUGUCAUUCGUGGUCUUAAAGACUUGAAAGAUGAACAUAAUAUCAUACAUCGUGAUGUGAAACCAACGAAUAUCUUAAUCAAUACUGCUGGAAAGGUCAAGCUUUGUGACUUUGGUGUAUCUGGAAAUUUGGUUGCAUCUUUGGCUAAGACUAAUAUCGGGUGUCAAUCAUACAUGGCUCCAGAAAGAAUCAAGAGUAUGAACCCAGACGAUGCUACUUACUCGGUACAAUCUGAUAUCUGGUCUCUUGGUUUGACCAUCCUAGAGGUUGCCGCAGGCCAUUACCCAUACCCAGCGGAAACGUAUGAUAACAUUUUCUCUCAGCUCAGUGCUAUUGUAGAUGGCGAGCCACCUCAAUUAGAUCCUAAGAUUUAUUCAAAGGAAGCACAGAUAUUUGUAAAAUCCUGUUUGAAGAAGAACCCAGAUUUGAGACCAUCAUAUGCCGCGCUCUUGAAAAAUCCUUGGUUGUUGAAGUAUCGUGACGUAGAUCCACACAUGGAUGUGCUGGUUUCCAAGAGAGUUCAUGAACUUGAAGAAGACAAGGAGAAGCGCAAUGUGAGCAGAUCCAAUAGUUUGAAGAAAAACCCACUCCCAACUCCAGCUAAUAUCGAGAGUGUGCAUUCCUUACUUCGAAACAAGGUCAAAGCUCCUGCUUUGCAUAGAGGUGGAUUACCGAACAACAACCGAUCAUUUUUACAUAAGUAG